AGUCCAAUACUCCACUCACAGUCAGACCUACUGUAGUACUGUAUCCCUUCGCACACAACUAUAGUGUGUUAGUCAUCCAUGAGUAGAGUGGAGACACAGCACAUCUCAUUUGAUCCAAGCAUCCAAAGCCAAGAUUUUAUAUACACUGUGUUGUCGUCAACACGAAGACUUUCUUAACAUUUAUCUCUCAGUGAAUCCAAUGGUUAUUCUGUGACCGCUAGCAGUGGACCCAUCAGUCUUCAGACAGUAAUCUCAACGAAUAUCUCAGACAAUGCCGGCGAGUCUUUUCUAUGAGAUGGACCACAACGUGUCCAACGGUUCCACAAUGAAUGGCAACUCAUAUCCAGACGACAGGACUAUUCAGUUGGCACUGGAGUUGUCGCGGAUCAGUCUCGACAACGACUGCAACGACUCCAUCGGACAGAACUUCGAGGCCGACAACCGCAACAAGAAGUCGCAGAACACCACCGAAUGUGUUCCCGUCCCCAGCAGUGAACACGUGGCCGAGAUUGUAGGCCGACAAGGCUGUAAGAUAAAGGCUCUUCGGGCGAAGACUAACACAUACAUAAAGACUCCGGUGAGAGGGGAAGAGCCGGUGUUUGUGGUGACGGGCCGUAAGGAGGACGUGAACGCAGCCAAGAGGGAGAUCCUGUCGGCCGCCGAGCACUUCAGCCAAAUCCGGGCCCAACGCAAGAGUAACCUGAAUGGGUCUAUCGGAGGACCCGUUCCCAAUGCCAACGUUCCCGGACAGACCACUAUUCAGGUUCGCGUUCCAUAUCGAGUUGUGGGUCUUGUGGUCGGACCUAAAGGUGCGACUAUUAAGCGAAUACAACAACAGACCAACACUUAUAUCAUAACUCCGAGUCGAGACAAAGAGCCGGUGUUUGAGGUGACAGGUCUUCCGGAUAACGUGGAAACUGCCAGAAAGGAGAUCGAAGCGCACAUCGCUAUCCGCACGGGUGGCCAAAUCGACUCCUCUGGCGCUGGCAGUACCGAUGAGAGCAGUUCCGACUUCUCCAACUCACCCCUUCUCAACGGCAUCGACAACCCCUUCGCGACCAACACGACGUCCAACGGAUUCGCCUCACAAUACAAGACAUCUUCGGACCCGUUCUCUGCGUUUUCCUCGCGAGGAUCGGACACUUCGGUGUCGAACCAGUCGUUGGUCUCGCGCUCGACGACCGAUAUCUUCAACUUCGUGAACCAAAACAAGAUGAGUGACAUCUACUCGCUGUUCGCGGCCAACAGCACCGGUACCAACGGCUUCUCGAAGUCCAUAUCCAGCGGUUCGUACGACACGGACGAAGGCAUCGGCGAAUCUCCCACUUUCGACUCAGUCGGCAGCACCGGCAGCAACACAAUCGCCAGCUCUUUGUGGCCGGACUUCUCAGCACAACGCACCUACAUGUCAAACAUCUCUCCAUUAGACCGCCGCAGCUCAAGCCUCGACAGUCCCAUCAACACAUCCACUACCACCCCAUCCAUGAUCUAAAAGUGACGGUAAAUCGUACCACGAAUACCAAUAUUCGCUAUUUUUAUGAUUUAACGUUAUUUUAAUUAUCAAAACAAAUCAGUAUUUUAGCGCUAAUGACAAAUACAGAUA